AUCUAUCUCUUACUAGUCUGUGCUUGCAAGUGUACUACGUAUGCGAUUUAAAACUUGUUUAAAACAUAUUUACUGUGUUUAUUUCUGAGCUAGUGUUAUAUUUUAGUUCUCUGUUUGCCUCGUAGAUAUGUCUGACUCGGAGGACUCAGAUAAUUUUGACCCAAAUGAAUUACAAGAUAUACACGAUGAAAUCGAAAAGUGCAAGAAAAAUCCAAGCACAGCCGGUAUGUUUGUAUCUGGAUGGGAUGACGCCGAUCAGGAUGUAGAUGUUGUAAAGGAUCCUAAAGCUAAUCCAAUUGACCAUGUUUUGUGGGCUGCUGAAAAUGGUGAAGUUGAGGCAUUGAAAGAGAUUCUGUCAUCUCAACCUGGCCUUGUGCAUGCUCGGGAUAGCGAUGGAUACACACCCCUGCAUCGAGCUGCUUAUGGCAAUCAUGUCACAGCAAUAUCUUAUCUUCUUAGCAUGAAUGCCAGCGUUAGUGCCAAGACAGAAUUAGGAUGGACUCCGUUACAUUCUGCUUGCAACUGGAACAAUUACUUGGCUGCUGCAAGACUACUUGCAGCAGGUGCUGAUCCUACUGCAGUUUCUGAUGGAGACCAAACCCCUCUGCAUCUGACAUCUGCGAUAAGCCAUUGUAAAUCAACUUUAUUAAUCUUAUUACUAAGGGAAGAUAUAGUGGACAUAGUGAAAAAACCCAAUAACUCUGGUGAAACUCCAGAAGACCUGGCUCGUGGACACGGCAUAUAUGCUCCUUUAUUUGAAAUGGCAAUUCCAGCAGCAUCAUAUAUUCGCUCACUAGCUUUUACUUGUAAUCCUUAUGUACAAGCCCAAUUGAAAUUGACUAACUAAUAGGUUUAAGAUCUUUUAAAAUAAGUAAAUAAAAGUUAUUUUAUACAA